AUGUGCUUCCGCGAUGGCGACCAGCCACUCUCGCCCUACAGCAACUCCAAAACUCCACUGGCCGAGAUGGGCCACGACACCAGGAAUGGAGUACACCUUGGACAGUCCAGGGUCUACAAGAUUCAGAGAGAAACUCCUCCCAAAAGCAAACCCGUUUCCUCCCCAGCUUCCACUGCGAGAAGCACCACGAUCACAGACUCGUCUGUAUCGUGUCGCGUCGGGACCAACACGCUCUCCACCGAGAACCGAUACACUUUAGCAGAGGCGGCUGCUCGUGUAGCCUUCGCCGACCGUUGCGGCAGCUGCGGAUCGCGGGCUCGCGUCGUUUCAAUCCCGCCCGGUCCCUCGACCAAGGGCAAGCCUGUGGGCGCCGUCAAGGAGAAGCCUCUUCCCAGCCGGCCAAGAUCGGUUCAUGGAAGCAAAACACCCAGCUCUUUGCGUAGCGCUACCACAUACGAGCCUCAAUCGGGCCCGUCAAGCUACUUUACUCGCGAGAGCGGAGAGAGGAGCCAGAGUGCUGCGAACACUCGUAUUUCGACCCCUCUCACUCCGGGCCACAAUGACCUCCACCAUCGAAUUACAGACUGGGCCUUUGACACUGCCUCGCACAAAAUCUCCAUUGAGAAGCCCCUGGACAUGGUUUCCGAAGAAGCGUCCGAUGAGAGGAGCCAGAGUGCUGCGCAGAGCACCCAUAUUUCAACGCCUCCCACACUAGGUCACAAUGACCUCCACUGCCGAGUUAAACACUGGGCCUCCAACAUCCCAUCGCACAAAACCUUCAUUGAAAGACCCCUGAAUAUGGUCUCUGAAGAAGCGUCCAGUGCUGCGCAGAGCACUUAUAUUUCAACACCUCUCACGGCAGGUCACAAUGACCGCCACCGUCGAGCUACACACUUGGCCUCCAACACCACCUCACACAGAAACACCGCCUCACACAAAACUAUCAUUAAGAAGCCCCUGGAUAUGGUCUCCGAAAAAGCGUCUGGCGCUACUAUGCCGUACCCAGUUUAUGAACCCACCAAGCGGAGGAGAAGGGGGGGGAAGAAGAGCACCGUCGCCACGAGUCACCUGGCGAGGCGAUCUAUGCGAUCAGAGACUGAGCAUUGA